AUGUCAAACACCCUUUGGUUUGGCUUGACUUGGCCCAUCCCUUCGAGCGAGGUCGGAGAAGUUUGCUUGUGCGCUUUCGGAGUUGGCUGCUUGCUCGCCUCCCAGCGGCCGAAACUUCGUGCUGCGACAGGUUGCGACUUCCGAAGCCCUAGCUUCAAGGCGUCGAAGGCAUCAUGCAGGGCCCUGACGAGCGUCUUUUCGGAGGUUCCGUCUUUCUUCGGCUUCUCCUUCCCAGAAGAACGCAAGAUCCCUGGCCGACACUUCCAAGCACUCGGGCCCGUCGGACUUCAGAGCUUACAGCUCUCGCAGGAGGUGCUCCAGCACUUGUUUGAGGACGCUCUAUGUGGCGAUGUUUCAGGAGAUGUGCAGCGCAUGCACGACCUUGGCUUCGUGCCAUGUGUAGACCACCCCAAUUUGCCUGGUCAUCAUUACUUGGAGGGCUACUUCCACACCCUUCCUGGUGCCGAGCCCUUCCCCUCAGUGAACCCGCGGUGCGGCAGAGACAUGCUCAAGCCCGCAGCCUCGCUGCGCCUGCGAGCCUUCGCUGAAGGCGUGCGACGGGCCAACUCCGAGUUCUUGGCGCGCAUGGCAGCCGACUGCCCGGAAGACUCCGUGCUGCGGCGGCUGCUGGAGCAAGGCCGUGCUUUCGCUGACCUUGCGGUGCAGAUCCACUGGGGUGAGCCAGUGGGCAAAGAUGACGUUGCCUGGCACGUGGAUGCGCCCAACUCGGCGCUCCACAUGGCGGUCUCGGUUCACGGGCAUCGGUCUUUGAAGAUGAAGCUCAGACAGCCCUUCGAGCUGGAACCUGCGAUCCACGAGGAGUUGCAGGUGCCGGGGGAUGUCUACGUGGGGAACCCGGCAGCCUUUGAGCACGGCCUGGAGUACCCUGCAGCCACCUGGGAGACCCGCACCGUUGCCUUGCAACUGCGGCUGCUCAUCAACGAGGCUGAGAUGCGGGACCCAGACGUCCAUCAGGGUCUUGGUUCUCUGGCGAAGGGCAUUGCGGCCCAGCCUCUGCGGCUGCCAGGGCUGGCAGAGCUCCGAAGAAUCGAAGCCGAACUGGCAGAAGCUUGCUAG